CUCCAAAUCAAAUCUCCAAGUGACUCUGUGGGGUUUGUUGUGGCUAAAGUUUAACAAUGAGAGAGGCAGCUGUUGCAGUGACUAUCAUGGAGGCGUGCAGUGGGACUGCAGCAGCGACACACGGCAUAGCUCCAGCACCCCUGACAGACACAUGCAGUCAUGAUCCCUACGAAGGACCCCACCUAGAGGAGGAUGACAGGGAGGAAGACAAGAGCUUCCAGCCAGCACAGACUGCCGGCUGGGAGGAUGCUAUUGCUGUUAUGGCACAGGGUGCAUCGGUGGUCCCUGAUCUGCCAGCCGAGUCCUCUCUGCGCUCAUGUGCCAGCACAGCCAGUGUGAAGGUCAAGAACAUCAAAAAACUUUCCCUUACCAAAGGCCAUUUUCCCAGACUGGCAGAAUGUGCUCACUUCCACUAUGACAAUGUUGACUUCGGCUCUGUUCAGCUGUGUUUUGCUGAGGAUCAGAAGGACCUCGCACACAAUGGCCUGGACUCAAAGGAGUGUGUGUAUCUGGUCCAGAUCUGUUGCCAGGAUCGUAAGUGGACAGUGAGGCGUUCAUAUGAAGAGUUUCGGUUCCUGGACAAACACCUCCACCUCUGUAUCUAUGACAGAAGGUUCUCUCAGCUUCCUGAACUGCCCCGAAUAGACAACCUCAAGGACAAAGCAGAGACAACGUACCAGAUGCUUACUGCAUACAUUUCCUGUCUGUCAGCCAUCGCUGAUAACAAGAUCAACUGUGGGCCAGCACUCACAUGGAUGGAGAUUGACAACAAAGGGAACCACUUGCUGGUUCAUGAUGAAUCAACCAUUAAUGUUCCUGCUGUAGCUGCUGCCCAUGUCAUUAAGCGCUACAUCGCCCAAGCAGCAGAUGAACUCUCCUUUGAGGUUGGAGACAUAGUGUCCGUGAUCGAUAUGCCUCUUAAAGAAGCCACUGGCUGGUGGAGGGGCAAACGUGGAUUUCAGGUGGGAUUUUUUCCUUCUGAAUGUGUGGAAUUAAUUAGUGAAAAGAUCCCCUCAAAUGUGAUGUCACUGGCCAAGCCAGUGUCUAAGAAGCACGGCAAGCUGAUCACUUUUCUGCGCACGUUCAUGAAAUCACGUCCCACCAAACAGAAGCUGAAACAGCGAGGGAUCCUGAAAGAGAGGGUGUUCGGCUGUGACCUUGGAGAACACUUGCUUAACUCAGGCCAUGAUGUCCCACAGGUCAUCCGAAGCUGCACAGAGUUCAUCGAGAGGCAUGGAGUAGUGGAUGGAAUUUACCGUUUAUCUGGAAUAUCAUCCAACAUCCAGAGACUGCGGCAUGAGUUUGACUCAGAGCACGUUCCAGAUCUCACUAAAGACAUGUACGUUCAGGACAUUCAUUCCGUGGGAUCAUUGUGCAAGCUCUAUUUUCGAGAGCUGCCCAACCCACUGCUGACCUAUCAGCUCUAUCAGAAAUUCUCAGAUGCUGUAUCAGCAGCCACUGAUGAGGAGAGACUGGUCAAAGUCCAUGACGUCAUACAGCAGCUGCCUCCACCACACUACAGAACUCUUGAGUUUCUCAUGAGACAUUUAUCGCAUAUGGGAACUUAUAGUUCCAUCACCAAUAUGCAUUGCAAAAACCUUGCAAUUGUCUGGGCUCCAAAUCUCCUCAGAUCCAAACAGAUAGAGUCAGCAUGUUUCAGUGGCACCUCUGCGUUCAUGGAAGUGCGAGUGCAGUCAGUUGUUGUAGAGUUCAUCCUUAAUCACGCUGAUGUUCUCUUCAGUCCCAAACUUAGCACUUUGAUCCGCCACAGCACAGGUCACACUACUUUAGCUCGGCCCAAGUCUCUGCUGGUGAGCUCUCCUUCUACCAAGCUGCUCUCACUGGAGGAAGCGCAGGCCCGGACUCAAGCCCAGCUCGGCUCUCCUGUGUCCCCUGACAGCAAGUACAUUGAUGUGGGAAAGGGACCAACUGCCCUGCAGGGAAAGUUCCACAUGGUCAUAGACUUUCCUUCUGAGAGGUAUAGGAAGAAGGGCUCAACCAAGGCAAAGAAGUCUGCAGUGGGAAACUGGCUUUCAUUCUUCAAUAUGGUAAAGUCUUCUGCCAAGCCCAAACUACUCCGCCAUCCUAGUGAGCCCACUGAGAUGAAGACCACGCCACUACCAGGUGGUAGAGGAGACACUGGAACACUACGAUCUGCUAAAAGUGAAGAAUCUCUGUCCUCUUUGCAUAAUUUUGAGAGUGGAUCCAAUAUCUAUCGUCCACAUAGACCUCUCUGUACCAGUGAUGCUUUAUCAGUCUCAAUCAGUGAGGAGCUGCUGGACAGCAGAGUGACUGGAGACUCCCGGUCCAGUCUCAAGGACCACAAGAAGGACCCUUUUGCUUCCUCCUCUUGUGUGCCAGCUCUUAUAUCUCCACCCCACCCAGCAGCGGACACUGAGUUUAUAGCCAUGACCUCCUUAGACAUAGAUCCACUUGCUUUUAAGUGCAGCAUGCAGCCAAUCGAUCCCACGGUAUCUGAUGGUAAGAAAAAAGGCAGUCGCAAGAAGGCAGGAGGCAGUCUUGCCGAGUCAGACCUUUCAGACAAAGUCACUAGCCCCUGCCUACCACUUGAUCUUAUCCCAGUGUGCUUGGAAGAUGCCAAACACAAGCUCUCUGAAGCGCCAGCUGCCCCAAGUAAACUGGACAUGGAGACGUCUAAGAUAGGCCCAGAGGGCACCAAGAGGAGCUCAGUGGCAAAGAGUGUGACUGAGUCCUGUCCUUCUGACAUUACCUCUCUCAUGAAAAAGUCCAGUGUGUCUACAAAUGGUGGUGAAGGCCAUCAGAGAUCCGCUAGCUUUUGCAAAGCAGAAAGUAAACCUGCAGAUAUCAAAGGGCAUAGAAGAGCUGAGUCAGGUGCUGUGAAGUUUGAAUGCACACCUGGUUUGGUGAGGUCUGUUUCUCUUAUAACUCCCCAGCCUGUAGUGAAGAGCGCUGCACGUAUGCUAGCUCUGGCACUAGCUGAGACGGCCCAGCAGGCCACUCGACUUAGCAAGCGUGGAAGUUCGGAACCCCCCACACCAAUUUCUCCAGUUCACCAUCAGAACCCACUCUUCACACUUCAGUUUCCUCCUCUACAGAUGUCCUCUGAUCGAGAGGAACGAUAUACCUCCAACAGGACUUUCCCAGAUCCAUCCAGCACCAUGUCUACCGAUGCAGGCAGCCUUCAGAGCAUCUGUGCCUGCCACGGCAGUGAAAGUGGACUCAGCUUCUCCGAUGGUUGCGAGGCACCAGCUGGUAUCCACUGCACUCAUGUGUCCUCUCAGGGUUUCUCUCCUUGUAGAGAUCCAGAGGUACAGCUGGCUCAAGAGAGCCACAAAACAAUGAGAGACAACAUACGCCAUGUUGGAGUUGGCACAGAUGGAGAUGGUCCAAGCCGAGAUCCUGAGAUCAAAGUGUAUGGAACUUUACAGCCAUCACUUUCAGAGAGAUUCUCAGUGCAAGCUUCCUCAGGCUCUGAUCAGUCAGCUAUCGCUGCCCUACACAACAAACAGACUGCUAAUGCCGCAAACUUCAGAGCCGUUUUAGUGGAGACAGCCGUGCCUGCUUUAGUGCAUGAAGUUCUUCCACAAAGUUCUCCACAAAGUGUAGUUUAUCAGUACAAAUCUAAAGACCAAAGGUCUGCUUACUCCCAACACUGGUCAAGCCUGAUUGGGCAAAGCACCCCUUAUUAUCAACCUGAAGAUAGGCGACCCCAACCUAGAGUUCUCUCCAGAAAUUUCUGCAAUACCCUUGCUCCACGAUCCCUGCAUCAGUCUAUUAAAUAUAAAGGUCAAAGUGAAGAGUACUCCUCAGUUAGUCUCUAUAGAAAAGGAGGACAAAGAUAUCCACCAUUGGAUGGAGUCUCCGUGUACCCUACUAUCCGCAGGGUACGUUUCAUGCACGCUCCACCCGAGGACACAUUUUUCUUCCUUCAAGGGAACAAGGUUUACCACAGACCACCUCCAUCAGACAUCCAGCAAGUACGACCUUACUUUAAAGAUGGCAAGGUACAGUAUAGGUACAGCCCCUACUCCGAGGCUCGAUAUAAUAAAGCUGAUCAACACAGAGAUGGAUAUACUCUCUCCUACACUCUUAGCACACUGCCUUCUCAUUCAUCAAAAGUGAUGGAUGGCUCUGAGAACUACCACAAGCCUCUACACAACCUGUUGCUAAACAACGAGUCUGAUUUUAUGACCCGAGAUAUUGGUCACCAUCCCAGAACCCUGAAGAACUCUUCUCUCUAUGAGGCUUUUAAUUCCGGUUUAUCUGAUCAACAUUUCAGCCAGUCCAUUAGAGGAGAAAAUGCAGCCAAAGAGAGGCCGUUGCAUCCAGUUGCUCACCAGUCCCGUCCUGCGAGAUGCGAUCGUCAGUGCCAAGAGAAAAUUCCCACUAGGAGCAGGUCAAACUCUGGAAAGGACAUGUUGAUUUCAACUGAAGGGGCUGAUGGAAAAUACAGGGUUACCAUGGUGUCUCAUUACUCCCCAGAGCACCCACUCUCUGAGCCCGAUAUCCCUGUGCCCUCUCGGUCUGACAGGCACGGUAGUGGGCAGGGAGCCAAAUCGGCUUUUAUAAUGAAGCAGAGUCGAUCCAUGCACAACUAUCCUCAAGCACUGCCACGCAAUUUGACCCUACAUAAGGAAUACAGCUGCCCUGACUUUAAAAACACUGCAUCCAGUGAUGGCUUUGGUGUGGUACACCCCAGCCAAGACAGGCUGAUGUAUAAGACUCUCAGCAACUCCUUUAAAGAGGACUACCAGUACAUUCGGCCAGUGAGCAGAGACUCGCAGGGGUCUAAGAGAUCGCAGAGUGUUAAAACACAACAUCCACCUGCUCAAGCCAAAAUAACUCAAGAGCGGGACCACAGACUGUCAUUCUCUUCCCAAAGUAGAACCAGAACUCGUAGCAUGUUUGUGCCAUCACGCUCAGACUAUUUGAACAGCUAUGUUUCUGUACAGCCAAAAGUCCGUAAGACCAGUCGAGCAGGGUCUGGCAUUUCCCCAAACUAUGGCUGCAUGGCUCCUCAUGGUAACAGAUUGCAUUCAACUGCUGUGGGCCAUGCAGGUUUUCACCAGACAGAUCUUAGGCCAGAAAUGCAGAUAUAUGCUGAUUUGUAAUAAAAUAAAUAAAUAAAAUAAAAUGAGCAAUAAGACCUCUGCAAUAAAAUAAUAUUUAAAGUUUAAAAAGGCUUGAAUUGUUCACUGAGGGGGUUUCCAUCACUGUAUGCAUCACUGUUCAAAUGGUUUAAGGAAACACAAAUUUGAUAAACUCACUCAUAGAUUAUGGAAAUGGAUAAUUGUGGCUUUAUUGCUACUUCGAUUUGUUUAAAUGUGUCGUGUUAAUUUUGUAAUUUUGUUACUAAAGUCAAGGGUUGUAAAAAUAAUCAAAAUAUGAUCUUAAAUUUAAGUAGAUGAGAAAAAUUAACAAUGGCUUUCAAAAUGUCCAAUAUGUAGGAGCCACUGCCUAGUGUAUUUUGGGUGAAGAGUGUAGUUAUGUAUUACCGUCAAUGUGGAAUCUAAAAACAUUUUUAUGAAUAUGACAUUAUCAAAUAUGAGCUGACUUCUAAAGAGAAUACAUAUGAAAGGUAAUGAAAGGGUGUUAUAUUGCUAUUGCUAUUUCCCCUAUCGUUUGCUCUCUGCAAUUUAUUAUCAUGCACUUUAUAGUUGGUCUGUGUUUUUAUGUAAGAAGAGGCACUUUAGAUGUUAUCAUUUUGAUGCUUAAUUUUCCAUUAUGUUCAAAAUAAUGUUAAAGGAAUAGUUCACUCAAAAAUGAAAACUCGGUCAUAAUUUCCAUACCCUCAUGUUGUUCCACACCCUUAUGACUUUCUUUCUUAUGUGGAACACAAAAGGAAAAUUUUAAUGAAUUUUCAGGUCCAACAUUUCAAAUCAGUGACAGUUGACAGGUACUCAUGUUAAAGCUUAAAAGAACCAAAAGUAUCCUAAAAAAAAAAAAAAAAGUCCACAUGACACAAGGGUGAGUAAAUUAUGACAGAAUUUAAAUUUUUGGGUGAACUAUUCCUUUAAAGACAUAACAUAUUAUUAAACCAGUAGGUUUAUAUAGAGCUGCAGUAACCAUUACAUGGUUGCAUUUGGAAAAAAAAACAAACUGUGCUUUUCUGAUAAACUGCUGUUAUGCUAGUGUGAUUUUUAACAAGUGCACUGUUCUACAUAUUAGUUGAUUUUAUGCGUUUUUAUGUGUUCACUUUGCUUUGUCUGUCAUUAAAGUUAUUUAAUCAAAUUCACAA